GGUUGCCUGUAACCUUGACACUGUUAGGGCACAGGGUUAUUCCUCCAAAAAUCAACAGAGGUCAGGAUAGAAGAAAAGCGAAAUAUCUCACGCCAAACAUGUUGUCAUCGAAAGCAGCACCGCUUACGAGACUUGUGUCUAAAGCAAGGCAGCUGACAUCAAGCUGUCAGAGGUCAAAGCAUACUCUGCCCGACUUGCCAUACGCUUAUGAUGCCUUGGCCCCAGUUGUAUCAGCAGAUAUUAUGGAGAUUCACCAUAAAAAACACCAUGCCACGUAUGUGAACAACUUGAAUGCUACAGAGGAAAAACUGGCUGCAGCAGUUGCAGAAAACAAUGUCAGCCAGAUCAUAUCUCUUCAACCAGCAUUGAAAUUCAACGGAGGGGGCCACAUAAACCAUUCAAUCUUCUGGGAGGUCCUCAGUCCUACUGGCGGUGGUGUGCCAAAGGGUGACCUUAUGGAAUUGAUUAAGGACAAUUUCGGCUCGUUCGAUGCAAUGAAGGGGGAGUUGACGGCAGCUUCAGUGGGCAUUCAGGGUUCGGGCUGGGGCUGGCUGGGGUGGAACCCAGUCAGUGGGCGACUCAGAAUCUCAUCAUGCGCCAACCAGGAUCCCCUUCAGCCUACCACAGGCCUGGUGCCUCUGUUUGGUAUCGACGUCUGGGAGCAUGCCUACUAUUUGCAGUACAAGAACGUGCGGCCAGACUAUGUCAAGGCCAUUUUCGAUAUCGCUAACUGGGAGGAAGUCGGCAACAGACUUGCUAAUGCCCGCAUGAGCACAUAAACACUGAAUUAUAGACUGGUAGCCAGUUGGGUGUAAUUGGAAUUCAGAAUAUAGGGACAUGAGCUCGUUUAUAAACACGGAAUGUAGACUGGCAGCCAGAUAGCUGUAAUAGGAAUACACAAUAUAAAGGACUGUUAACUGUGCUUUGAACAUCAUAAAACCUUUAUAAAUGUGGAUGUUUUAUUUUAUUGCUUAUUAACAUGUUUCAGUCGUCAAAAUUAUAUACUUUUGAAUUCAUACAAAAGUGGCAUCUAACAUUUUCAACAAGCCAUGCUUUUGAUAAUCUAGAGCUUGCAGGCUUGUUUUAUUAUGACUGCAGAUGAAUAAAUUGUAUUAAGAUGGAAGGUUUAUGAUUUUAUAGAAAAGGUAGCAAAAAUAUAGCAUGAUUCUUUCUGAUUUAUUCCGAAAUACAUGUAUAUUGGAACACAAAUAAGAUUUAGAUAUUUUUACCUUAAAUAUCUGUAUUUAGAUGGGACGCAGGCAAAAAAAUGCAUUACAAAACAAGACAGAAAAAAAUCUUAAAACCUAUAAUACCAAAGAUAAGAUGCAGUGAAAUUGUCAAAUCAAAGCUUCUGAAUUAUUCAUGGUUGAUUGAAUAAUGUGAAAGUUUGAAUAUUGUAACUUUAAAUUCUGGGUAAAAGCUUCUUUUGUUUUUCCUGUCAUAAAUGCGGGUUUGUUUACAUUACGAAGUGUCAGAUGUGUUUUUUUGGUGCAUUUUAUAGAUAAACUGUUUGGUGCUUUAUAAUAUUGUAUUAUUUAUCCUGGACCUAACAAAAGUGUGUACUAUUUUAUUGAUGGUUGAUUUAACUUCUUUGUUAAGUAUUGAGAAAAAAACUAUCACAACGUCUUCAAAUAAUGCUGUCCAUUGUGCUGUAAAGUAUUGCUUGAAAAUAAAUAAAUAAAUGUAAGUAAAUGUUU